AUGGAGAACGAAGAAAGAGCACAUCUAGAGGCUCAUUACCAAAGGGAGUUGGAGAGCAUGAAAAAUGAUAUUACACGACUUACAAGUCUACUCGAGCAGGCCCUAGCAUCCAAGUCCGUAGAAAAUACCUCUACUCAGCCAGCAGUCGCAACUCCAUCUAUAUCUAUGCCAGCAGCUCCUUUUGUAUUCAGAUCUCAAAAUUUAGGGGCAAAUCCCUCUUUAUUUGAACAACAGUCCACUACCAAUGUUCCACCAGCACAAGUGCCGGUUACUGUAAACUUGACAGCUGAUGACCCACAUAUGAUGAAAUUCUCUAAACAAGUUGAUUAUGAGAAGUUGACCGCUCUAGAAGACAGAUUGAGGGCAGUCGAAGGGGCAGACUUAUAUGAUCCUGUUCAUGCUGCAGAGAUGUGUUUAGUUCCAAAUGUAGUUGUACCCAAAGAAUUUAGGGUACCAGAAUUCAUCAAGUAUACUGGAACUGAAUGCCCAGCCACACAUCUUAAAUCUUAUUGCAAUAAGAUGGCAGAAGUAGUGAAUGAUGAGAAACUUCUCAUCCAUUUCUUUCAAGACAGUCUUUCUGGAUCGGCACUAAGUUGGUAUACAAGGCUAGAUAAUACCAAGAUCAAAAAGUGGAAAGAUUUGGUAAAAGCUUUUGUGGAGCAGUAUAAAUUCAACAUGGAGGUAGCCCCGGACAGGUCAAGCUUGUUAGUCAUGGAGAAGGGCAACAAAGAGACUGUAAGAGAAUACGCUUUGAGAUGGCGUGAAAAAGCAUCUCAUGUGCAACCCUCUUUGUUAGAAAAAGAAAUGGUCACUUUGUUUUCCAACACUUUUAAAUCUCCUUACUUUGAACACCUAGUGGGUAGUUCAGCUCAACAUUUCUAUGAUGCCGUAACUAUCGCUGAGAGGAUAGAACAAGCAAUAAGAAUAGGGAGAAUGGUAGAGCCUACUGAGAAGAAAGGCUUUAUUGGGAAAAAGAAGGAUUCUGAGGUAAACAACGUGGAAGGAGUGUAUAAGGGUAAGAAGAAAAAUUACCAUCAUUAUAACUUCCAAAUACCUACCCAACAAGUUGCAAGUGUAAACUUCACUAAGCCUUUCCCUACCAACCAACAAAACCCACCAAAUGACCAACAAAGUAACCAAAUUGUUAAUCCUCCAAGAAGGAACUUUCAAAGAACCCAAGAACGAUUGCCACCAUUACCACUUCCCUUGGGAGAAAUGUAUUCAAAGUUGUUGAGUAUUGGGCAAGUGGCUCCUGUUCCCUUAACCCCACUGCAACCUCCAUACCCAAAUUGGUAUAAGCCGGAUCUGACAUGUGAGUAUCAUGCUGGCAUUGCUGGGCAUAACAUUGAAAGCUGCCAAUCUUUCCAAAGAUGA